AUGCGAGAUAAAGCUCGAAUGAUGGAUCAAUUGACGGAACUGAACAAUAAUUUACAAAAUACAGAUAGAGAAGCAGAUUUCUUUUUAAUUGAAAUUGAAAGAAGAGACGCCGAAAUUAAAACCAUGGAUAAUUAUCAGAAAAAGUAUUUAAAAGAGGUCGAUUCCAUAAAAUCAAAAGAUCAAAUUUUGAAUGGACAAAUUAAGCAACUUCAAGCAUCUUUAAUUCACAUGUCAAAUUAUAUUCAAAAAUUAACCUUGGAGUACAAAACUCAAAUGAUGCAUGUUUGUACAGAAUUGGAGCAAGAACAACAGAAACGUUUUAAUUUAGAACAACAAUUAGCAAUGACCAUGUCACUGCAAGAUGCUUCAAAUUCAUCAACAGCACAUAACUACACUUCUGAAAUGUCUAAUUUAUUGCUGGAAAAUUCUAGCAACACGGAAAAGUAUGAGCAUGUACUGAGCCAUAAAGGACAUGACACGUCAAUUCAGUGUGUUUGCUUUGGUUCAGACCCAAAUAUAAUAGCUUCUUCCGAUGAGAGCGGAUGUGUAAAUAUUUGGAAAUUUUCGGAAGAGAACCCAGAAUUAUAUAACGUUGAAAGUUUGCAAGUUUCAUCUCAAUGCAUUACCUCUAUUUGCUUUUCCGAUGAUUGUUCCAAAAUUUUAACAUGCUCAAAAGAUGGAGUUGUUAGAAUUAUUGGAGCUCGAAAAGCUUUUUCAAGUCUCAAAGGACACACUUCUCACAUCACCUGUGCCAUAUUUGUAAAUAGUGACAAUCAAGUAUUUUCUGGGUCUAAAGAUAAGACCAUGAAACUAUGGGAUGUCAUUCAACAAAAGUGUAUCAAAACCUUUCUACCUGGUAGUUGUUGUAACUCAAUGCAAAACAUUACGGAUAGCUUGGUCAUCUCUGGUCAUUUUGACAAGACACUCAAAUACCACGAUUGGAGACAGCAGCAAAAAGUUUGGGAGACACAAACCGAUCACACUGAACCAAUUGUUUCAGUAUCAAUAUCCUAUGACCGUAAUUUUAUUUUAACAAAUUCUCGUGAUAAUACGUUAAAAAUUUUUGACUUGAGAAUGAAUAAGGAGAUACCACCGCAUCAAACCUUGAAAGACCCUCAAUACUUUUGUAGCACAGAAAAUCUUACAAGAGCACACUUUAAACCAUUCUCGUCAACCAUCGUUGCCGUCCCUUCUUGUGUCAACUCAUUCACAGAAAACAGUGCAAAUGGCAUUUUUAUUUUUAACCUUAGUAACACCUCCACAGCGAACCAAGUUCUUUUACACCAAUGCAGAGUGAAUGACAUUUCUUUCUCUCCCAAUGGUUCUGCAAUAGUAGCUGCUUGUACGAGUGGAAAUUUAGAAAUCUACAAACAAACAUCCAUGUAG